AUGUCACUGUGCUUUCACGUUUAUUUUUCAAAUCAAAAGGAUAGCGGCAAAAUAGAAUUCUUGGGGAAAGGAAUGGAUCGGUUUCUUAGUUAUCCUUUGAGGACUACAAGUCAUGUGGAAAGGCUAAGGAAACAGGUAAAGAAGAAUCAUCACAUACUACUUAUAGGCUAUCUGGGAGGUGGAACAUCACUUCUGGGAGAUAUUCUAGGAACCAGAAAUACUAGUUUCUAUUUGUAUGAACCACUUCACUACAUGGCACGAUUUGGAUACUUCAAGCCUGGGUACCAAUGCAGCAUGAAGACGGGCAAUUGUUGGAAGAACAAUCAGACCAGCGACCAAGCUAUAAGGACCGUACAGGCAAUAUUCAACUGUGAUUACGAUCAUUACAAUCAUACAGUGCAAUGGUGGCAGGUCCGAUUAUCUGGUGCAGCUGGAAAAGUCAACGAUCGAAACUGGAAUAUUUCCUCUUCUAGAUGUAACAGAACUUGCUUAAUGAAGUAUCUGAAAUUAUGUUCACAUUAUGAUUCAAUAGUUAGCAAAAUACCAAGAGUAAGUGUCAGCUUAGCUUCACAACUUUUGAAUAAGUUUUCGAACCUGAAUAUAAUCCAUCUCCUGAGAGAUCCAAGAGCUAUAAUGAACUCAAGGAACAAAUAUGACUGGACCCCUGUCCCAGGUGGCGCUAUAGCGUUAUGUAAUAAAAUGGCAGAUGAUUUUCUUGAAUCAGUAAAAUUGAAAAGGGUUUAUCCCGGACGAUUUUACACUGUGUUUUACGAGGAUAUGGUGACGGAUCCAUUCGAAACAUUUAAAUAUAUUUAUACAUUUGCGGGGUAUAACUUCAAUGCAGAUGAACAACUCCGUAUUAAUAAGAAAACGCGAAAUUCCCAGAACAUUGCAUGGGGUUGGAGGAACAUUAUCGACCAUAAUGUCCUAAAAGAAACAAAUAAAGCAUGCAGUCACUUAUAUUCGCUUCUGGGAUACCCGCAAGUUAGAAAUAUAGAGGAAAUAAGAAACAGGAGUUUCCCGCUCCGAUUAAAAACAGGGUCACAAGAGGAUCAGUGGCAAGAAGACAUCAAGGAUGACAAACAAAGCACAGAAAGGAACAGAAAGAAAAGGCGUGGCGAAAAGUGUGUAGGUGAAGGGGUGUUGAUGGGCGGGGACGGUAUCAGAUGUAUUUCGCACUUUUCAACUUUUAAAUCCGUGUCACAAUAA